AUGUAUACGUUUGAGCUUCCCCUACAACUCCUCGUCCAGCAGUUUGUCCCGGACAUCACCCGUGAACCCUCCAGAUCAAGAUACACCAAUCUCCAAAGUGCUGGAGUAGCACAGGAGUCUAGUUGGCUCCAGGAGAACCGGCAGACACUAGAUGUCAGACGAAAGCCCUCCUGGGGCCGCCUACCAAUCGUCGCUGAGAUCGAGGCCGCGACGGAACUGAUGAGCGCGCCCAACGUGUUCGCCAAAGUCGUCCGAUUGAACGAGCGUUUCGCUGUGACUAUGGGCCAUGACGCGAUCACAAAGUUCAGUAUACCGGCACCGGAUUACUUGGGGAUGUUGAAUCGCCGGCGCUACCUUGAUGGACUAUUCUGGACCGACAGUCUCAACCCUAAAAUCUCUGGUCCCUUUGAAAACCAGACCGACCUGGAUCUUGCAAUUAUUGGGAAACCCCGUCAGAGUCAACCCCAUAUAUCAAUCAUAUUAAAUAUGAUCGUUCGGAUUCCUAACGGUCACAGUCUAGGAUUACUCUACUGGACUGGAAGAGUGCUGGGUGGUAUCCGGAAUCUGGGAUUUCUGCAAUGCUACAAUUGCCUGGAUAUUGCAUCACGCAGGUAA